AUGGCAACUUCAAGGCUGUUCACUCUCCUCGGACCCUCAUUUCUCCGCAGCUCUCGCAGCUGUCGUCAAGCUCCAUCCGUGAAUUACAGCAGAAGCUGCCUCAUCCCUUCCCUGCGGUUCGAGCGGUACAGUUCCUCAGCGUUGGCGCUCGAUUCCGGUUCUUCUACACUCAGUGAUGCUCCUACUCCUGCGGUUCCUGCUCACCCGUGGCCCGAAUGGGUUAAUUUUGUCGACCGAUUGAAGGCCAAGGGCUACCUGACUCAAAUUGGCGCCGUUUCCGAUCAUGGAGGCGGUGGCGGCAGUGAUAGUGAAGGGCUUGUCGAUUAUAAGGAUAUGAAGAUGGUUAAGGAUGCAUGCUUGAGCUUUGGGCGUGAUCGUUAUGACAUUUUCAAGUCGUUAUCCAGCCAAGACAUACAAAUAAUCGUUGAGAAGGGUUGUCCGAAUCUUUUCAGAAAGGCAGUUAAUUCAGCGAAGAGGCUGAGAGCUCAUCUAGACCUUGAUGAAGCAGAUGUUUGCAGUUCUUGCAAUCUGCGCGAAUCAUGUGACAGAGCAUAUGUCAUUCUAAACGACUCUGAAGCUGCGGCGCCACGUACAGUAGAUGUAGUUCGUAUCUUAUUGCUCUAUGCAUUGGACCCUGUUGUUAUUUCUGGUGAAAAUAAGCCUUCAAGUCCAGGUAGAGAGCUUCUUGAAUCAUCUGUGAAGAAAUUGCUGUCUCAGUUGAUCGAGCUGGGUGAUACACAGCCUGAUCCAGAUCUUCCAAAACCUGCUACUGUAACUUCUCAAAGAAAGAAGCAGCCUAAUGAUUUACCAGUCAAUAUAAGCUCAAAACAUGUUGAAAUGAAGAGACGAGAUUGGGUGUGCAAGGACAAUGUAAUCGUGGAAAAAGCCCCAAAAGUCAUGAUUUUGUGUGCAACAAAUUAUUGCAGGUGCAACUUUUUGAAUUUUGCCAGAAAUACACGAUGUCGACAAUGUGACCUAGAGGUAAACAAGAGCGUACCCAAUGAUGAAACUAAAAUGAAAAAAGGAGACUGGAACUGCCCAAGUUGUUCGUUCAUGAAUUUUGCAAGCAAGAGGCAGUGUCACCGCUGUCAAGCGCCGCGCCUUCAGAGGCAGCUGAAGGAAGGGGAUUGGGAGUGCCCCGAAUGCGAUUUCAUGAAUUUCGGCAGGAAUGCCUCCUGCAAGAGAUGCAAUCACAAAAGGCCUGGGGAGAACGCCGUGGACCGGGGAACCUGGAAGAAGCCUUAUUAA